CUGGGCCGGGAAAGGUAAAGAGCGGCGGGGCAGGAACGGAGCUUUAGGAAAACAGCCCUGGAUGGACAAGCAGGCCGACCUCAUACUCUGCCUAGUCGAAUUGCUCAGGCGUUUGGAUGCCGCCGGUGAACGGGGAGGAGUCGGAGGAGUCGGCAGGGGAGACGGCAGGAACGAGUCCAGCAAUGAGGAGGAAGGAAGCGAGGACCGAGCAGUUAACAAAAGCAGCCGAGGAAAGGAAAGGGGCGAUUUUCAAGACGGUGGCAACGAAGGCCAAAAAGGGAGCAAUCCGGCGAACAGCCCGGACGGAUUCCAUAGCCCAGCAGAGGCGCCAACCGGCGCGGAAGAGCUUCCCGAUGAGGAACUGCUGGAAAGGGGCGCAUCGUUGUCAACAUCUGGCCCGAAGAUAGACGUCCUCAUAAGAAGGAUGGAAAAGCUCGAGCGGAAUCAAGAAGCCUGCUCCUCUAGCCUUAAACGAAUAGAGGCAACUCAGGAGAAGAUCCUGCGACUUCUGGGAUCGAUGCAGGGCCAACGGGGGAUCCCUCCCGCGCUUGAGACGCUUGGCCAGAAUAUCAACCAAGCGUGCUCAGCAUCAGCAAUGCAAGAGACGGAGGCCCAGCUCAAGUCAAUGGACGAGAGGCGGACGUUUGUGCACGCCAGAUCUCAGACUGGAGCCCCAGCCAACUCUGUGGCCUCUCCUUCAGGCCCCACCCAUGGAAGCACAAAGAACUCUUCAGCGGCACCAGUUGCCUCUUCCUCUUCCUCAUGUGGCGACAUUAUUUUUGACUAACAACAUUGUUCUUCAAAAAGAGAGCGCGGGCUCUGCCCCUCCCAACUCCCAAACCUUCUUUAAAAAGCAUUCAGCGAAACAGGAUUGACAAAAUAAUAUGCACAAUGCAUCACAAAAAAAGAAGAAAAACAACUCUAAAGUGGCAAGGAACUUACAGACGCUGAAACAUAUUAAGGAAGAAAUCAGUGAAGAAAUACCAUGCUAGGCAACAUACCCUUGAGGGAAAAAAAACGGAGACUGCAAAGCAAUAUGGCUAUCAUGAGAAGAAAACUGUCAUCAGUAGAGAAGGACCUCAGGAGGAGCCUGAAGGAAGACUUAAAAGAAAAAAAAACACAUAAGAAUGAGAAUACCAGAUGCACACCGCAACCAUUGUUUGAUUAGGAACUGGAAAAUAGUCUUGUCUUUGGACAUUCCUAUAA